GUAAGAAAAGCCAAGUCAUUAAAAUUUAGUUUAGUUUCUUACCACUGUGGCGCUAGUAGUCGUCAAAACAAAUAUGGCGUCAAAAGUCCAACUUGUAAAAUUUCAUUUCUAAUUCUUGUGUGCAAUUUUAAGUGAAAACAACAAGAGUUAUUGCUGAAAAAUAUGAAAUGAUGGAGGUGCCAAAUGAGACUACGUCUUCUCAAAGUUUUUUCGAAAGAUUCGAGUCCGAAUUGACUGAAUACGAAAUACAACAUCAAGGAGCUCAAAAAAAGCCAUGGACUGCCGAAAAAGUUUCCGAGGUUAUGAACAAUAUCCGAAAAGCUAGGGCCACUAUAAGAGCUAAUCAACCCAGGGCUUCUAUGGACUAUUACUGGUUAUCAAAGUACGACAUAAUGAAAGUAGGAGAUGAGGAGUUUUUAAUAUUUAAACGGAAAACUUUGAACGAUCCGAUUAUACGAAUUAUACCAAGAAACGAGUAUUUUAGCUACUUAGAUGAAAUCCAUAAGUCUUGCAACCAUGGCGGGAGGGAUAAAAUGACACAAGUUAUUAAAUCUAAAUAUUAUAUAACGAAAAAGGCGAUUGAAAUAUAUAUUGCUCAUUGUCCUACAUGCACCACGAAGAAGCAGCUUAGGAAAGGAAUUGUGUCUCAAAAUUAUGAUAUAAGCGGGCAGGUGGAUGUGAUGGAGUUCCAAUCCUGUCAUGAUACUGACGGCGAGUACAAGUGUAUGCAAGGCCCUAUUUCCAAGUUUGACACUCUGCAGGAUGAAUAUACCGACGACGAUACAAGUUCAAGAAUCUCGCCAGAUCGUCAGCCAUCGUCCACCAGUAACCCACUCUUUGUAGUCCCGAAUAAUAUCCUAGAUUCAGAAGACACUGAAGCCCCAUCGGUAACUACACAUACAACUUACAAAAAACAAAUAUAUAGUCGCAAACGGAAGCUAAAAAGUCAGGAAACACAAGCGUCUACUACACAUGAGGCAUUUGGCCACUAUGUUGCGGAAAAGUUACAAAAUCUACCGCAUAUGCAAAGAAUUUUUGCGGAGAAAUUAAUAAAUGAUGCCAUUUUUGAGGCUGAGCUCGGGAAUUUGAGUAGAGACUGUUACGUUUGUGUGCCAGCACAGAUGAAAACAUCAGGUUUGGAGUGAUCAUUUGUUGAAAUUAGUUAUAUUAUAGCAUCAAAAAAUAUGUGUUUACCUGGUUCCACACAGAGCGAGGUAUGUCUCGUGGCAAUGUCUUGACGUGCCAUAGGCACACACUACAUCAGCCGAGACACGUCUACAUAACAUGUUUGCCUCGCGACAUCAUACCUCGCUCUGUGUGGACCUGGCUACUGGUAAUUUUUUUUUUAAAGUAGCUCUGGGACCUGUGAUCAUAAUAAAUAUGAAUUAUGAUUA